GGGUCAAUAAGAGAGAAUAGCCCCCUGAGGAUCUCGGGGUAUAAAUAUAAUGGACUGGACAGAGAGGAUCAGUCCAUACACACCAACGCGCGCACACAGCUCCACUGACCAGAACUCUGGGAUUAAGACACAACCCACACACCAUGUCUCAGCCCGUUGAGGUGAAGAAGAAGAAGCGUCCUGUGAUGAAGGAGGAGGACUUGAAAGGAGCCCGCAGCAAGCUGGGGCUAAAGGGCGAGCCCAAGAGUAAGACCUAUGAGGUCAUGGUAGAGUGUGAGCGUAUGGGAAAGGUGGCUCCCUCAGUGUUCAGUGGGGUGAAGUCUGGAGGAGAGACUGUACUGGAGAAGCCUAAAGCCCCAGGAGCCAGCAUCUUUGGCAAGUAGAGCCGUCCAGUGUGGAGUGUUGGCUAUCAUCACUGCGCUAGAGUCUAGAGGAGAGACGGGACAGACGCAUCAAUGGACAAACGGCAAUGAAGAAGCCAAACCUUGCUGUUAUUGAAUGGUUUGAUACCCGUUUUUCCAUUUUCAGCACGGAAAUGGGCCCAUCUCAUUUUGAGCAGGUUGUUCAUAGUAGGGUUUGUUCAUACUGUAUGAUGACUGUUUAUGAUUGAUUGAGAAUUUAGGGAAAUUCCAGCAUCAUGGAUGUGAUAUUUGCACACACAAUGAAAAACAAAAUGUCUCACAUAGUUGACUUAUCAGGUAGAAAUGAAAGUGCUAUCAUAAUUGCCUUACGCAGCAAUGCUGACUGAUCAUGUUAUGAUCAUGCCAUUGAUCAUGUUAUGACGUGUCUGUAACAGUCACAUUCGUUACGCUUAGAACGAGUACCUACAGAGAGGAAGGAAACCAAUUAUACAUCACAUAAGCCCUUGAUGAAGUUAGCUUUGCACAGAAGGUUUGUGUAAAAUCAUACUCAAAACAUGUCCACAAUAACCUUUCCUCAAUAACAUUACAGUUGUGACACUGCCUGUCCAAAUCAGCAUUCUAUCUUCACUAGACUGUAGAAUUCUAUACUAGCAAUCAAAGGACAAAAAUGUGUUUCAUGAACCUUCCGGCUUGGUCAGAAACAGAGGGACAGAUAUUAUUGGGGGUGUAGCGAAAAUAUGGUAAAUAUUUUCUCUAAAUAUGAAAGUUUAAUUAGGAAAUAAAGCUCGUUUUUCAUGUUUGGGUUGACCUUACUAUGAAGUUGCUCAAAUUGUAAAUGUUGAAAUAUUUGUCUUAUGUUUUUAUAAACAAAUGAAUGACUUCCCUACU